AUGUCAGUUCUGAUUUCUUCUUCGCUGCCCAGGUCCUGCUCUCACAGUCUGAGAUUUUUUAAUCAAGUUAAACACAGCCAGACAUGGAAAUCAUGCGGCAGAGUUUUGCUCCAGAAAUGUCGGUUUCUUCAUGUGGACAGUCUUCCCCAGAAACCCUCCCUGACCACCAGCUAUGUUCACGGCACCUCUUCCACCCCACUGCUCCCGCUGACCGUUGGCCAAAGCCUUGAUGCCAUGGUUGAACGCUACCCUGACCGUGAAGCAGUGGUCUUUGUGCAGGACGGCAUACGGAAAACGUUUGCAGAGUUUCAGAUAGAUGUUGACAAGGCAGCUACAGGUUUGCUUGCUCUGGGCCUAAAGAGAGGGGAUCGACUUGGAGUUUGGGGACCAAAUAUUUACGAAUGGAUCCUUUUCCAGUUUGCUUCAGCCAAGGCUGGAAUUAUACUGGUGUCAUUGAACCCGGCCUAUCAGGUGGAGGAGUUGGAGUUCACACUGCGGAAGGUUCAGUGUAAAGCGGUGGUGUGUCCCACCCAUUUCAAAGACCAAAACUUCUGUGAGAUGUUGAGGGAGAUUUGUCCAGGAAUUGAAAAAAUGCCCACGGGCAUGAUCAAGAGCCCAAGGGUCCCAGACCUGCAUAUGAUAAUUGUGACCGACAGCAGACAGCCGGGGAUGCUUCAUGUAGAAGAUGUGAUGCAGGCCGGAGGGAAUCAGCAUUACAAAGAGCUGAUGGACCUGCAGAGCAAGCUGUCCUUUGAUGAUCCCAUCAACAUUCAGUUCACAUCGGGUACAACUGGGAAACCAAAAGGAGCAACUCUUUCCCACCACAACAUUGUAAACAAUGCGUAUUUCCUGGGUCUGCGCAUGGGUUAUGGAUUGAGACCCCAGGUACGACUGUGUCUGCCUGUGCCGCUCUACCACUGCUUUGGCUCAGUUCUCGGAGGGUGCUGCAUGGCGAUUCAUGGGGUCACGCUGGUUUUUCCGUCUUCGGGCUACAGCACACGUGCCAAUUUAGAAGCCAUUGAGAGUGAAAAAUGUAAUGUCAUCUAUGGAACCCCCACCAUGUUCACUGACAUGGUUAGCCAAGAUUUACACAAGUAUAACCUGUCCUCAGUUGAAGCUGGGAUCAUGGCUGGCUCUACAUGCCCUCCUGAGAUCAUAAGGAAAGUGAAAGUGGACAUGAAUAUGAAAGAGAUAAUAGUUGCUUAUGGAACCACUGAAAAUAGCCCUGUCACAUUUAUGGGAUUCCCACAAGACUGUGAUGAGUUAAAGAUGAAUACUGUCGGCUGCAUCAUGGCCCACACUGAGGCCAAGGUGGUGGACCCCACCACGGGGGAGAUCGUCCCAGUGGGCGUUUCGGGUGAGCUGAUGGUUCGAGGCAGCUGUGUGAUGCACGGCUACUGGGAAGAUCCAGAGAAAACCAGUGAGGUCAUAUCCAUGGAUCGCUGGUACAGGACGGGUGACACAGCAAGCCUGAACAAUCUGGGAUACUGCCGCAUUGAGGGACGGAUGAAGGACAUGAUCAUCCGUGGAGGAGAGAACAUUUAUCCCGCCGAGAUAGAAGAAUUUCUUUUUAAGCAUCCAAAAGUGAAGGAGGUGCAGGUGGUUGGAGUGAAAGACGAGAGGCUGGGUGAGCAGGUGUGCGCCUGCAUCAGGAUCAGGGACGGCCAGACCGCAAGUGCAGAGGAGAUAAAAGAGUUCUGCAAAGGCAAGAUUUCUUACUUCAAGAUCCCCCACUACGUGAUCUUUGUAAACAGCUACCCUUUAACCGUCUCUGGGAAGAUCAAGAAGAACGAAUUAAAGGCGGAAAUGGAGAAGAAAUUAGGCCUUUAA